ACAAAGGCUGAAUAGAACAUAUCACUGUCCAUCCGUCCCUCCGUCCCUCCGUACCCCUGUGGCCCACUACCCCCACCAUCCAAUUUGUGUGCAAUUUCUCGCGCCGGACCCCUUGGAGGAUGAAUGAUGUCCCCACUCUGGACUAUGAGCUGCUGCUGUCCCCUGGGCCCUCCCUCCCUGGGGCCCCCAGCAGUCCUCCUCUGGUGGGGGGUGACGCAGAGCAGAGGACGGCCUUUGCUUUCGUGGGGCUCCUCAUGCUCUUCCUUGUCUUCCUGCUGGUGCGCUGCUUCCGCAUCCUGCUGGACCCCUACAGCCGCAUGCCAUCCUCCUCCUGGACCGAACACAAAGAGGGUGCAGAGAGGGGGCAGUUUGACUACGCCCUGGUCUAGACCUGGGUCGUGUUCAUUAGGCACCAAACGGACUGAAACAGAGAGGGACUACCAGAACUUGUCCAAUAAGGAAGGCUUGUUUUUGUUUUUUCUGUUGCACAACGUUUUG